CGUCCCAACCCUCAGCCUCAUCCUCAGAGCUCUAUCCCGGGCUAUCGCCCCGGUCCUUACUUGACUCGUUCCCGCACCCUCCUCCUUACCGCCAUAUUCUUCAUCCCUCUAACAUCGUACCUGUGGCUGCGGCGGCUGGAGUCCAACUCCCGUGAACGGACGAGACUUCUGGAAGAAGAGGGACGCAGGAGCUGGAUCCAGGCUGAGAAGGAAAAGCAGCGGUAUAUUGCGAUGAGGAAGGACCGGGAUCUCAGCGUCGCUGUCGGAAGGAGUGGUGGGGGUGUUUGA